GUCUAUUACAGUGCGGUUCUGUCAAUGCUUGACUUAGGGCAUUCCCCAACAAAAAGCCUUUUCAUCAGUAGAAGCAAAAGCACUAAGAAUAGACACUCAUGAUCUACAGUAGAGGCGACUCAUGCGUCUUGUAAAUCUAAACUUUGCAUUUGUUGUUACUUAGUUAUAGCGCAUAGUAGAGUACGUAGCUUGAUGCGGUUGCAGAAGCUGUAAAUAAUAAGUAUGGAGCUGUAGCAACUUUGUUCUUGGGCUGUAGUUAUAGUAUGGUCUUCAGGCUAAGCUUGAAGCGUCUUCCUGCUUCCAGGAAACCACGGCACAAGAACUUUUCAUUGUGAAGAUGGAAGGACGGAAAGUCUUCUUCUAAGCGUGGUUUUCUCACAAGGCUCAGAUCCCUCUAUAUUUGUCCUGAACGGGCAACAGGCUCACCGAGGCGACUUUUUCCAAGAUUCGGAUCGUCUUUUCCGCCCACCUUCUUCAGUUGUCUCAGCGUCUCCACCACAAAACCUCAGAAGUAAGGAAGAUCAAGGAGGUCAAGACGUAGUCGAUCAGGUGGAGCAAGAUGCGCAAAUGACAAAAUCACCUACACAUCAUAACGAGCAGAGCGAACGCGCACGACAAAGCAAAAUAAGACCACAAGUGCAUUAUUAUAGCACGCGCGCUGGACAACGGAUCUUUUACAUCCCCGAAAGCCAUCGAGUGCGACUUUUCGUCUCAAAAGAAGACGCGGAGCAAGCAGAAAGGGAG